AUGAAUACAAAAACAAGUUUGAUGCUCAGGAAGUUGUUCUUCCUCAAUUUGAUUUUCAUCAAAUUUUUGGACUUUGCCGCUGAUAACUUCCCUCCCAGCCUGACAGUGCCACUCUCUCUAAAAGACCAACUUCGAUAUGGUGAAAAUCCUCAUCAGAAGGCUGCAGUUUAUGCUGACAAGUCUCUGUCUGAGGUUAAUGCUGGUGGAAUUGCAACUGUUAUCCAACACCAUGGCAAGGAGAUGUCAUAUAACAACUAUCUGGAUGCCGAUGCAGCUUGGAAUUGUGUCUGUGAUUUUAAUAAACCAACAUGUGUUGUUGUGAAGCAUACAAAUCCUUGUGGAGUUGCAUCACGGAAUGAUAUCAUUGAAGCAUAUAGGCUAGCUGUGAAAGCAGAUCCAGUUAGUGCAUUUGGUGGUAUAGUAGCCUUCAAUGUCGAAGUUGAUGAGGCUCUUGCAAAGGAUAUUCGAGAAUUUAGAAGCCCUACAGAUGGUGAGACUAGGAUGUUUUAUGAAAUAGUAGUCGCACCAAAGUACACAGCGAAGGGUCUUGAGGUUCUCCGUGGGAAGUCUAAGACUUUGAGAAUCCUUGAGGCAAGUAAAAACAACAAGGGAAAACUUUCUCUUAGACAAAUUGGUGGUGGUUGGUUAGCUCAGGACUCAGAUGAUUUGACCCCGGAAGAUAUCCAAUUCAAUGCCAUGUCUGACAAAACUCCACAAGAAAAUGAGCUUAAUGAUGCACAGUUUACUUGGUUAUGUGUCAAGCAUGUCAAGAGCAAUGCCAUAGUAAUUGCAAAGAACAAUUGUAUGUUAGGAAUGGGGAGUGGACAACCAAAUUGUCUAGAGAGUUUGAGGAUUGCUAUGAGGAAAGCUGGAGAUGAAGUAAAAGGAGCUGCUUUGGCAAGUGAUGCUUUCUUCCCAUUUGCAUGGAAUGAUGCUGUUGAAGAGGCGUGUCAAAGCGGAGUGAGCGUUAUUGCAGAACCAGGAGGGAGCAUAAGGGACAAGGAUACAGUGGAGUGCUGUAACAAGUAUGGAGUCUCGCUUGUUUUCACCAAUGUGAGAUACUUCAGGCAUUAGAUGUUUGGUAGGGCAUCAUUAGACGCAUCAUCUAUUAUCUUUACCAAGUUUUUUUGAUAGCUAACAUUCAUUUCUGAUAGUUUUGAGGAAUUCUCUCUGAUUUAGGAGUAUGAGUGUGUAUCAUAGGUAAAUUGUUCCUUGUAUGGGAAAUCGUACUUGCUUGUCUAGUAAGUUUUCGAACUACUUGAUGGGCUAAGUUAUCCAAACUAGAGCAAUAGAAAUGUCUUCUUCAGGCUUAUAGUCUGGUGAACGUUUCUGAAGCCACAUUUUCAUCCCUUCAAUUUCAACAACUCUCUUGUACCAUACUAGAUUGAAAUCAUCAUCGUUUGUGAAAUUUAUGAAUACAUUGUACCUAGUGUCAUGA